AUGUAAGAAUUUUUUAAGGAUUUUGAUGUAUUUUCUCAGUCCUUCUCCUUUAAUACCGGCAAGAGGAAAAUGAAGAAAAGAACUUUGACUGGAGCUUUUCUUUCAGUAUCGAUAAUUGGAAUAGUUUUAUUUUAUUUUGUGCAUUUAGUGUACUAAUAUUUUAACAACUAAAUCGAUCCUAAAUUUAGAUCGUAAAGCUUUGUAACAAGCGAAUAGAUAAAUGUUGCUUUGCAAUCAAAAUUAAUUGCGUUUUAAUUCUUUCAAGGAUUAUAAAAUUUAGAUUUUUAGCAGAAGAAGUAAAAUAAAACUUAUAUAGUUGCUUUUGCAGAAUUUAAUUACAUAGGUUUAGGAUAAUUUUAUACAUAAAAUUUAAAUAUUAUUGAUUGCAGCAACCCUUAACUUAUUGGAUAUAAAUGCAUUGAUUUUUCUAGUGUUCCUUCUAACUUUUCACUUUCAUUGGACAAUAUAAAUUAAAUAGCUUCUUCAAUAAGAAUUUCGACUUACAGGUGCUAAGAUGUAGACAGUCGUAAAACUUAUGUACCUAAUAAUUGUGCUAGUCCUGAGGAAAUAGAUAAUUUUAUCAAUAACCUAAAUAAUUAUUUGCAUGUAAAACUUUUAGCAUCAUAGUUUAACAUUACAUCCAAUCAGUUCGAAGAUUAUUAUAAAAGUCAGCACAUCCUAAUGUCAACAGAUUAAAUCAUAUUCACUGAAUUCAAAGCUUAGCAAUAAAUUACUAAAGUAAAAUAGGGCUCAUUUGUACAACAAGAAACUUAAUAUCUAUCUCCUAUAUCUUAUAUUAUAAAUACAGAAACUUAUUAGUCUUAAACUGUUUAAAAACAAACUUAACUUAAAUAUUUUGCUUAAUUCUUUUUGGAUAUUGAUGAGACUAUAAUUCAAACUUAAAUUUAAUAUCCAAUUUUUCCAGAAAUUUUAGCCUUAUGUAAUAGUACGUUUGCUUUAUUAAUGUGCUUAGGUUUUAUUGGUAGAUAUUUGGCCUAGUAAUUGAUUAGAUAAGAACUUUUUAUCAUUACUUUAUAGAAUUAAUUUUAAGGAACUUAUCAUAAAAUAUUGAAAUAAAAUAAUAUUUUAUUAAAUAAAAAAAUUGAUCUAAAUGAAAAAGAUUAAGAUUGCAAUUAAGGAAAUGCUGAAGAAAAAUAUGUAACAGAUAUGGUAUUUAUACCUUCAAUUCCUACGAAGCCUUGCGAGAAUGUUCUUAAAAAUAUUUGUAAUUCCUCCAUAACAAACGAUAAUUUAGCUCCAUUCUAAAAAAAAUUUAAAUUUCAACAAAUUAAAACUUUUUCAUAAGUAUAAGCAAAUCAACAUUAAGAUCUUUAGCAAUAUGAACAAAUAAUUUCAACUACAAACAGAAGUGAUAUAAAUAAACAAUAAAUUAAAUAUAAUGAAAAAGAUCAAAUGACUGCUAUUAAAGAAAAGCUAAGGCUCUUCAACACAAAAGAAUGCAAUGCCAUUGAAAUCAAUUCUUUAAUUACUUCAUCAUAAGAUAUGUGUGAAUAAACAUAAAAACCUUUAAAUUAGAAUUAAAUUUAAUAUAGUCAAAAAAAUAUUAUCCCAAAUGUCAGAUGUUCAAAUAUAAAUUAACCAACCAAAAUGGAACAAAAUUGUGAUUAAAUAUCCAAAAUCAACAGCAACAAAUAACUAUCAAGCAAACUAGCGGAUUUAUUAUUCAAAUUUAAGAUAAGGCGAAGAAGUGAAUAUGAAGUUAAAUUAGGCUUAAAUCAAAAAACCAAACAACUUAUAGAAGAAUAAAUAGAUAAGAAUUCUGAUUUUUCAAAGCUUUAUGAGGAAAUAAUAUUUUUGAAAAAAGCAAUAAUGAUACUUUUGACUAAAGAACAAUUUGCUGCUCUAAAAUAUGUUGGUUGUUCUGAUUCAUUUUUACUUUCAGAUUCAGUUAUAAAAAGUUCAAAAAAGAUCAAUUACUUCGAAGAAUAAUUUGCCAUUUCAUUAUUGAAAGAGCAGCAAUCAAAAUAUUUUAAAUAAUUUAUUUUAAAAUGCUCUAAUAACAAUACUAAAGAUUUAACUCUAGUAGAUUAAAGAAUAUAUUCAUCAAUUGUUUGA